CGGAUUCAGGAGAGUUUGGGAAGCGCACACACUGAUAUUACGCAGCACCGGACACCGGACUGGUUCUAACGUGGAGCUGCUCCUUUCCCUCGGAAGGCUUUUCAGGAGACAUGUUUUUGUAGGUGAAAUAUAAAACAGGUGUUUUAUUCUAGAGGCUUCAUGCAGCGCUUCUAAAUUGGAUACGGAAGGGGGGGCGGGCGCAACAAGUGGAGUUUGGCAUUUUUGAAGCCGAGAUUUCUCCCCGUCACCAGGCAUGGAGGAGCAGAAGGAGCCCGGCAGUAGCAGCCGGGACUCCACCGAGGAGGAGAGCAUGUCCCUGUCGCCGAACCUCCCCUCCCCUCCCGUGAUUUUACCGCACCAAGCUGCACAACAGAACCACAGAACCACGAACUUUUUCAUAGACAACAUCCUGAGACCGGACUUCGGCUGCAGGAAGGAGCCGAGCUACCGGAGCCAGACGCCGGGACGGGAAAACGUGAACCCGCUGACAGCGAGGCCGCACACCGGGAGCCUCUGCCUGGACUCUAGCAGCGACAGCACCUCCUCUUCGUCACCUUCCUCUUCAUCCCCUUCCUCCUCGCCCUCGUCCAAGCAGUCCAAUAAGCAGGGCGAAGCGGCGGGCACCGGCACUGGCACCGGACGGUACGCAGACAGCAAUGGAGGCUCUCCGGCCAAGACGAAAGACAGCCAGGGGUUGCUGUGGCCCGCGUGGGUUUACUGCACGCGCUACUCGGAUCGGCCCUCAUCUGUUUCCACAUCAGGCCCGAGGACACGGAAACUGAAAAAGAAGAAGAGCAGCCCGAAGGAGGACAAGCGGCCUCGCACGGCGUUCACGGCCGAGCAGCUGCAGAGACUGAAAACCGAGUUUCAGACCAACCGGUACAUCACGGAGCAGCGGAGACAGGCGCUGGCGCAGGAACUCAACCUCAACGAGUCCCAAAUCAAAAUCUGGUUCCAGAAUAAGAGGGCCAAGAUUAAAAAGGCCACGGGGUACAAGAACGGCUUGGCUCUGCAGCUCAUGGCCCAAGGACUUUACAACCAUUCGACCACCACCGUGCAGGAGGAGCGGGAGGAGAGCGAGUGACGAGACAUUCCCCCCCCCCAUUUGACUCUUUUGGAGAUAAUGAAACAGUGGAGGAGACGCUAUUUAAAAAAAAAAAAAAAUCUGUUUAUGG